AUGGAUUCUCGUGCGAGAAGCGCAAAGCGAGAUUGCAACGUGCACGCAAAUCUGUACGUGAGAAACCUCCCAAAGGACCUUGAUGAGGGCACAUUGCAGCAGCUAUUCCAGAGCUUUGGCCCCCUAGAAUCCUGCAGACUGGUCAAAGAAGCCAGCAGUGGAAUAUCCAGGGGCUACGGCUUCGUUAGAUUUUCCUCUGUGAGUGCUGCUGAGGCGGCCAUCAAGGCAUUGAAUGGAGCUCGUCUGAGCUCGAAUAUAUUGGAAGUACAUCAUGCAGAGAAGGAUGCAAGCCCCACAGGCCCAGGUAAUUUCCAGCCAACAUAA